CCUUGCUAUGGGGAGCCGGUGGCUACAUGGCUGCAGGUUUCCUGCCUAAGCAAACAAGCGUCCUCUGCAAGUCCUACUGGAAAGGGGCAGAGGAUGAGGCAGGGAACCUUUGUGGAAGAAGUGAUGCAUUGGGAAAGAAGGCUCCCCAUUCUCACCAACAGUUAAGAGGCAGAGACAAUGAAUGUGGCAAUUUCCUAAAUUCUGAAGAUCGGCGAUACUGCUCUGGGCAGUUUAACUCCUAGGCUCAGAGAUACCAUAUACUCAGACACAUUUAGUAUCCUUGUCACCUUGCCUUGCUUGGCACACAGGAUUCCAGGAUUCCACAGGAAUGAGCUGUUUGGUGGUGAACUGCAGGACUUGGUGGUUGACACAGAUUUGGACUUUGGUGAUUGUUUGGAUUUUGACAUUGAACAUCAGCUACACUUCCACAGAGUGCUGUGUGUCUGUUGCCCCCAUCCCGUGUAGAUACUCUGUUUGUCUAGUGGGGCAAGUUGCAUCCCACACAUUACUGGGUAAAGCUAUCUUGAUGUUCAAGUGUGGCCCUUAGCUCAGGGCUUUCACUUCAUAAUGGAUGCCUCAGCUCCUGGUGACUCUGACCAAGAGAAGGGAAGUGUGAUGAUGUCGAGGGAGCUGGAGUCCAGUGGCCAUGAAGGGAACCCCCUGGCACAUCAUUACUAUAUCCUGGGUACCCUAGAUCAAGGGUCAUUUGCACAAAUCAAAGUGGCUGUCCACCUUAUGACCCAGACCAUGGUAGCCAUCAAGAUAUUGAAAAGGGGCACAAGUAUAGACUUUCUAGUAAAGUCCGAGAUUGAUAUUAUGAAAUGUUUACAUCACAGUAACAUAAUACAGCUUUUCCAGGUUAUAGAAGCAAGGUAUAAAACCUAUCUGGUGAUGGAAUACGCAUCCCGGGGAUCUCUGAGGAAACACAUCAGCAAGUGUGGGCGUCUGGAUGAGGAAGAGGCACGCAGCAUAUUUAGGGAACUGUCUUUGGCCGUCCACUAUAUCCACAGUCAGAAUAUUGCCCACCGAGACAUCAAGGCUGAGAACAUCCUAUUGGAUAGGGAGGGGCAUGUGAAACUCAUUGACUUUGGCUUAAGCAAAAGACUGGCUGCUGGGGAAAAAUGUAAAGGCUUUUGUGGCACAGUACAGUAUUGUGCUCCUGAAGUCUUGGAUCAAAAGGAGUAUAAUGUCCUUGCAACCGACAUAUGGAGCAUGGGAAUCGUAUUAUAUUAUUUAGUUGUGGGCCACCUUCCCUUCACAGAGACAGUGCUCUCUGAGUUAAAGUAUGAAAUCCUAUACAGGAGCUGCUGGAUUCCAUAUCGUUUGUCCCCAGAAAUUCAAGACCUAUUGAAAAGAUUAAUGGCAAAAGACCCCACAAUGAGGCCAUCCAUAAAUGAAAUAUUGACACACCCAUGGCUGUGCCAUGGUCAAGACAAAUUGAGAUCCUCAGAGGAAAUUCCUAGAGACCCAGACCCAAACAUUGUUUUUGCUAUGUUUCAGAUGGGGUAUAACAUUAAAGAACUGAGAGAUGCUCUGAGGGAACAGAAGUACAGUCCAGCCAUGGCUACGUACUUGAUUAUAAAAAGGAAAUCUAUCUGGCAGCCCCAGUUUUAUUACGACGGAGGCCAGGGUAGUUCACAGGACCCUACAAAAGUUCCCAACAUCCUUUCUCCAUCAAGGAGAGUAACCAGUGCCCCUAGCCUUUCCACCAUCACUUCACACACACUCUCUGGGCUGCCUGGAGAUGGGAGGAAAGGCUGUAAGAGGAGGCAUAGUGUGCCUCCCAGCCUUUCUUCCCAUGACUGUAGCCUCAUAGACAACACCUCCCCACUGCAGUGGCUUAUGCCUCACGUUGGAAAGGGGAUAUUCAGUGAGAAGGAGGGCAGUAGCAAUUCCAUAACUUCAUCAAUAAAAAGAAAGUUAACAAUAGCAACAACGAUGACAACAACAACAAUAAAAAUAACAACCACAUCGUCAGGUACUACAUACUCGCUGUUCAGAUCCUCACAGUCCUCAGCUUUUGAUAACAGGCAAGAUGUGGUCAGUGAGAGCUCAGAGUCUACAGACACAAGUAGCAGCACAUCGUCUUGGGGGUCCACAAUCAGGAGCCCCUUCCCCAGUGCGAAAUUCCAGGAAGAGAACAUGGGCACUGAAUCCUUCCAAGACAGUAGCUCAUCCUCCUGUGAAACACUCCAUCAGGAGCAGCUCCGAAGGAGGUCCCAGCUUGUGCCCAGAAUGCCACUGAGAAUGCGGGUCUGGAAGGGCCUGAAGAGGAGGGUUUCCAAAGCCUUUAGGAGCUUGUGUUGCUGCCUCCCAGUGGCAAAUAACAAAGUCAUGGCAGACAAUGAAGAGUGCUUCAGAGACACAGGCUGAAACAAGUAGGUGGGGUGUGAUUGG